AUGCUCGCCUCCGCGGAAUCCCUGCACGAGACAUCUGGUGCGUUCGUCUCUGGUGUAGAUCCAACGUUGGAAAGAGAGCUCUCGUCGGCGGGACUCACGGGAUUCGCGAGCUUGCUCAAGCACGCCGGACUCAUUCCACAGCUCGAACUCCGCGCGCGAUUUGGAUCCGCGCUGACCGUGUUCGCGCCGACCAACGUCGCGCUCAUGCGCGCGGACCCCGCGCUCCUCGCGUUUCUGAAGCUCCCGCGCAACGCUGCCCUGCUCCGCGACGUGCUCCUCUACCACGUGGUCGCGCGGCCCGUCUCCGCGUUCGCGUGGGACGGCUCGUACGAGACGCUCCAGGGCGCGCCGAUCGCGCUCCACGUGGACGCGCUGGCGUUCCAGGUGGGCGGAACCAGCGUGAAGCAAUACCGUGCGCUCACGCUCUCCUUGACUCCUCUCUCCCCCGACGAGCGCCUUUCUGGUAAAGGCGUGGAUUCCGCCGCCGCGUCCGCGCAACUAAGUGCCGGGGACGCGGGGAGCAGCACGGUCGUGGUUCACACCGUCAACGCGCUCCUCCUGCCUCCCUCCGUCGACGAUCUACUCUCGAUGACCGCCGGUGAUCUCUCUCUCGCCGCCGGGAUGGGUGAAGGCGGACGGCAACUCGCCGAAUCGUCGGGCUUGCAGCAAGGAAGCGGAUAUCAAGGACUCUUAUUUCAAGGAACCAGCAUGGUGUGCGAUAAAUGCCAGAAGAAGCUGUCAAAGGUGAUUGUGCCGGACAAGUGGAAGGAGGGGGCGUCCAACACCACUGAGAGUGGUGGCAGGAAGAUCAACGAGAACAAGUUGUUGUCUAAGAAGAAAAGGUACACUCCGUAUGCAUCAUCUGCAUCCUUUAAGUGCAUCAUAUGCAAGCAGCAGCUGCACCAGGAGGGAAAGUACUGCCACCUAUGCUCUUAUAAGAAAGGUGUGUGUGCCAUGUGCGGCAAGCAGGUGCUUGAUACCUCCAUGUAUAAGCAAUCGGCAGUUUGA